AUGGAUCUCGCGAUACUCUUGCUCGCCGUGCUUCUCAGGCAAGAGGUCGCCGGCCUGAAGCUGCUGCGCUUAAACGUACCGACGUACACCCUAAGGGGCAAGACCGCGCUCCUCGAGUGCAGAUACGACCUGGAAGCGGACAAUCUUUACUCCAUCACGUGGUACAAGGACCACGAGGAAUUCUACAGAUACGUGCCUAGCGGGGAACCAAAGAAGCACAGCUAUAUCGUCGAGGGCAUUAAAGUUGACCUCUGGCGGUCCGACGACCAACGGGUCCUGCUGCAGAACGCCAGUCUGCACACAAGCGGACGGUACAAGUGCGAGGUGAGCGCGGAGGCGCCGAGCUUCAACUCGGUCAGCGACGAGGCGAGCAUGGAAGUCGUAGUUCUUCCGCAGGACGGGCCGACGAUAACCGGCGAGGAGAAGAUUUACGCUAGCGGGGACGUGCUCGACCUGAAUUGCACCAGCGGAAAGUCUCAUCCCGCCGCGAAUCUCUCGUGGUACAUCAAUGGCGAGCAGGUGAAGCCCGACUCGGAAGCGGUGUACGACCAGCACGGACUGUUCUCGGUGAUAUCCAGUUUACGACUUCGGUUGCAGCCGGAUCACAUCAACGACGACAAAAUAAACGUCAGAUGCGAGGCGACCGUGGAAUUGGACUCGAACUCGGACACGCCGCUCGUCAAGACGCGCACAACGGAGGUUUUCGUGGAGGGCCACGCGAGCGUCACGACCCCAUCCGUGUGUCUGACGAUGGCGAGCGCGCUGUUGCUUCGGCUACUGACGAGCGUUUAGAGAAUCCAACGGCGAGAGGAGCGGACAGGAUCGUCGAUUCGGCGCGUCUCGCGACCAAUCCUCGUCGACACAGAGCCACGGGACCGGGACGACGUUCGGAUCUCGACUCCGAACGAACCAGCCGAAGCGGAAAAGGGCGAAGGAAGAGGAAGAAUGGACAGGGCGAAAAACGUGGUCGUCGCGACGCUCACGAUAGGCCCUAAAAUCGGGACGAGACGAACGUCGUCGUAUCCUUAACUUCGAACGAUAUACAUAUAUACAUGUACCGGUUGUCGACUUCCGGUCGAUGAGAACACAGUUCACGGGGCGAAACGCGUCGGAUUACCGGUUCCGUUUGUACGG